AUGGAAUGCUUGAGAAUACUUAACCAGCUUUUCACGUCUUUAGUACUUGCUGCUUGCUGCAACAGAUCAAGAAGUGAUAGUAAAAAGGAAUUUUAUCAGAAUUUAUUUUUAAGCAAUAUUCAGAACACGACACUUAAUAUGGCUGAAUGGUUUUCGGAAGGAACACAGUCGAUGCUUUCGCGUUCAUAUAAAAUUUAUGAUGUCUGA